UGCGACGGAAGCACGAGCGCUUCCACAGACACUGGAGUCCGGGUUCUGGCUUAUGUGUGAUUCAUAGAGGUUUCGCUGUCUGUGUACCGUUAAUGGAAUGAAUUGUUUGUAGUAAAGAUCUCAUAAAAAUGGAUGAGACAGGAACUGCUCAAAAAGCGAUACCACAAAUGAGCAAAGAUUCCAAUUUAAGAGAUAGUGGUGGUAGCCCUGAUAAAGCUGCAACCUCAUCACGGAAGAGAAAACUCGAUGGUUUAGAAUCACCUUCCAAGAGAGUGCACACAGAGGAAGGACACAGCUCAAAAGUUGCUGCACAUUACAAUGAACUUAAAGAGGUUGGAAUACACGCACGGAGCAAGUCUCGCAUUAUACACCUCAGGAACUUCAAUAAUUGGAUGAAAAGUGCUCUUAUUGGUGAGUUCCUUGACAAAGUGAGGCAGACGAAGAGGGAGAAUAUCACGGUCCUGGACCUAGGCUGUGGAAAGGGUGGUGAUUUACGGAAGUGGGAGAAGGGAAGAAUCCAUAAAAUUGUUUGUACCGAUAUAGCUGAUGUUUCUGUGAAGCAGUGUGAACAGCGUUACUCUGAGCUGAGAGGCCAGUUCUCAUCUGGGAAAAUAUUUGAUGCUGAGUUUCUGACCGCAGAUGCAACAAAGGAGCUUUUGUCUGAAAAGUACAGCAAUCCAGAGAUCAAAUUUGACAUUUGCAGCUGUCAGUUUGUUUACCAUUACUCAUUCGAGACAUACGAGCAGGCUGACCUGAUGCUGAGAAAUGCUUGUGAAAGACUUUGCCCUGGAGGCUAUUUCAUUGGCACAACUCCCGAUGGCUUUGAGCUGGUAAAGCGUCUGGAAGCCUCAGAGACAAGUUCUUUUGGCAAUGAAGUAUAUUCAGUGACCUUUCAAGAGAAGGGGAAAUACCCUCUGUUUGGUUGCAAAUACGAUUUCAGCUUAGAAGGAGUGGUUAAUGUGCCUGAAUUUCUGGUGUAUUUUCCUGCCCUGGUUGAAAUGGCCAAGAAAUAUAACAUGAAGCUAAUUUAUAAGAAGACCUUUAAGGAAUUUUUUGAAGAGAAGGUCAAGAAUGGUGAACAGAAAAUGUUGCUGAAAAAAAUGAAGGCCUUAGAGCCAUACCCUGCAGCUCCACAUUCAAAAUUAUCUUGGGAUAACACGGAUGACUAUGAGCAUGCACAGAGAUAUUUAGAAAGUGGCCAGGCCAGAUUACCGUUGGGAACGUUAAGCAAAUCUGAAUGGGAUGCCACAAGUAUUUAUUUAGUGUUUGCAUUUGAAAAACUGCAGUGAAUCCACAUGUUCAUCGGUGGACAGACCGGGCCCUUCAGAUCUUCUUGAAUGCUUGCUCUACACUGUUUUUUGCGUUACUACAUUUUUUUGGUUGAAAAUUAUAGGAAGUGUGACGAACGCCACCAGUCGAGUGCCAGUUCCUAACACCUGUCUGUGACGGGUUACUUUUGAGUGUUUGUAAAUAAGACCGGACAUUAGGUAUUUUUAUAUACGUAUAUUUUUAAGCAAGUCUGAAAUCUUUAUAGUGAUUUCUAAUGGCGGGAGAAACAUUUUGCUUGAUAUGUGCAAAAAUGGCUGUGUUUGUAUUGGUGUUUUUUUUUUUUUUUGUCUUCCAUGUUAAGAGUUAGCGUAUUUACGUUGGACUGUCUAUGAUUAGUAUGAAACCUAAUGGUAAUCUGUGUAGUUAAGUAUUGUGUUUUUGUACUGUGAAAUACUACAUGGUUAUCUAUUAUUCUUUCAAAUACUUGUUAAAGCCACACAUGAUACAGUAUCUAAUUUAUUUUGUUUCCUGAUCUUUUGGUAUAGAUAUUGUACAAGGUGAAUUUUUAUUUUUACUUUAUUUUGAGAGCACGAUAUUUUCCUGUUUGAGUGAACAAUGCACAGAUGUUAUACAGGUCGCAUACACCCCCGGCAGUCCAGGUGUUAAAAUGACUCCGAUUUAAAUCAAGUUGUCAUGGAUACUAAAUAGGAAAUGGCUAUAUUUAGCCUGGCAAUCAACAGCCCUAAAGAAAGCGGGAAAAAAACUCCCUGCUGUAGUUAUCUCUUAUUAUAUCCUUUUGUCAUAAUUUUUUCAUCGUCUACAUCAGUCAGGGAUUCUUAUCUACCUACAAUUCCAAUACAUAUUAUAGCUGUGAAUGAACAACUAAUAUUUUAUUUCUUCUCCCCCAGUUCAAAAUUGGCAAGUGCUGACGAUACACUUCCUGGUUGUUUCUUUAAAAAUGUUUUAGGAUCGGCAUACCGUUUGAUAUCACCCUGUUGGUUAUGUAUGAGUUAAAACAGCGCAAAUAACCCCUUGUGUUUCAAUCAUAACUAUUUCAGGGAAGCAGCAAAUAGUUCUACGUUAUUUCUUUUUUGUAAAAGCCACACAUUUCGAAAUCUAUUGUGAACAAGUCUUAAGUUGCGUGAUGGGCUGCAAAGUGUUAUUGAAGAAUGCAAUUAAGCCUGACCGUGUUAGUGCUUUAUUUGAUGCUUUGUUUUACUUUAAAUGGUAUUAAUGGAGCAGUAAGGUAAUUACUUUGCUUUUCUCAUUGACAUGUCAGCACAGCAGCAUUUUGCAUGCCCUGCGAUGUCUUCAAACCAUUUUCUAGAUUGUGUAACACUAUGUUUUGAAAGCAGUAAUAAAUAUUUUUACAGUCUCA